AUGUCGUCUUUGCCGAAACAACACUCACCUAUCCCGUCAUCCUCCACCUCUAAACAGUCUGCCUUACGAGCGAAUACUACUACCGCAAACACGGCAGCCACAGCGCCCAUCGCAUCAUCAAGACCACGGCCUAUCGGGCAACUCUCUGAAAGUCAACGGCAUGAUGCGGUAUACACUCAUUCAGGAGAUGGUGGUGGUCCGACGUUACCUACCGACGAAGCGACAGCGCCUGCGGGGCAGGUAGGAGGAGGAGGAGGAGAAGAUGCCUCCCAUCCAGCAUCCAAUUUCAAGCCUUUCUUUACACUCAUCGAAGACUCAAAUUCCUCCGACUACUACCACCCCACUGUACAUUAUAUCUUCUCAGAUGACGACACGGAAUUAAUCACCGAGGCUUCGCUACGGGUGUUGGAAACAGGACCAGUUUCCCCUCCCGCGCAAAACACGCAACACGGAGGCGAUAGCCAGGAUGCAUCAGAAAUGAGAAACCAGCAAUCCUCGAGUCUAGAUAGGCCCUCGCUCCUCCCACCGCCCUUACCAGGUGUCAAGGAGAGAUUUAUUCUUCUAGAUGUUGAACCAACAACAGCAACAGCAACAACCGCUGCCUUUCCUUCAUCCGCCCCCGAUGCUCUCGCAGGCACAUCAGCCGGAACGGGAACAACCAUGAUAUCAACCUCUCCAGCUCAAAAACAGCCUGCACAACCAACCGCCGCGACGCCCUUCGGAUACCGUAUUGUAUCUGCGCAUAGCCUAACGCCAGAUUGGCAAGUCCUCGACGCCUCUUUCAGCCCCGCCCCGACCUUCGACACACCACAACAACAAAACAACGAUCAAACAAACGCAUUAAUGCUCAGAAUCCACGGCACAGCUGGAUUUCCACGCGACAUUGCACCCAUCGACCCCACAGCGGCAGUACAAACACUAGAAGAAAUGAUGGAACAAUUCGAUAAGCGAAUGUCAGAAUUGAGACGCGUUAUUGAGACGAAUGGAGAUUAUUCGCCCAUUGCGACGGCCGAGACCGUCCAGCCUGGGGAACUUGACGAUAAUCAUGGGUUUGAAAAUGCCGAGAAAGGCCGCGAUGGAAUUGAUGCUACUCCUCCUCAGCAAAGGGAGGAUGUGCAAGGAGAGGUUGCUAGUGAACUAGCUGCUGCACCUGGGGCAGAGCAGUAG